AUGUCAAGACCAGAAGAAUUAGCACCACCAGAAGUGUUUUAUAAUGACACUGAAUCAUUCAAAUAUACUUCAUCAACACGUGUACAGCAUAUACAAGCAAAAAUGACAUUACGGGCUUUAGAAUUAUUAAAUUUAGAACCUGAUUUUCCUCAUUUUAUCCUAGAUUUAGGUUGUGGGUCAGGUUUAUCAGGUGAAAUAUUGACAGAAGAAGGUUAUAAUUGGAUAGGAAUGGAUAUAUCACCAAGCAUGUUAGCUACUGGAUUAGAUAGAGAUGUUGAAGGAGAUUUAUUUUUAGCUGAUUUAGGUAAUGGUAUACCUUUUAGACCAGGGACUUUUGAUGCUGCAAUUUCUAUAUCUGCUAUACAAUGGCUAUGUAAUGCGGAUCAAAGUGGAGUUGAUCCAAAGAAAAGAAUAAUGUGGUUUUUCAAUACUUUAUAUGCUUCAUUAAAAAGAGGUGGUAAAUUUGUUGCACAAUUUUAUCCAAUGAAUGAUUCACAAACUGAAACUAUAAUGUCAUGUGCUAAAGUAGCUGGAUUUGGUGGUGGUUUAAUUAUAGAUGAUCCAGAGCUGAAAAAACAUAAAAAAUAUUAUUUAGUAUUAACUGCUGGUACAACAGAAAGACUGAUAAAUUUAAAAGGUGCAGAAAUGGAAGCAAUAGAAAGUAAAUCAAAAUUGAACAAGAAGAAGAGGAAAUUAGCUGAAUCAAGAAAAGAAUUUAUAAAUAGAAAGAAAGAAACAAUGAGAAGAAGAGGUAGAACAGUUGCUGAAGAUUCAAAAUUUACAGGAAGAAAAAGAAGACCAAGGUUUUGA